AUGGCUAAACAUACGAUUUUAACUAAACGAAUAAAACGACCUCAUGCUUAUGAAAAUCUUAUUAGUAGUUUAGACACAGAAAGUGAUCUGAAUGAUCUAACACUUGAAAAUUUAACAAGUCUUGAAUUUGAUCAAAGUAUUGAAGAAGAUCAACAAAUAAAUAAAUCAGUGGCUCGAAGUUAUAGCAAUCUUAUAUAUGAGUCACUUUCAUAUGAUAUCCGACGUCAAUCUCAAGUAUCAUCAAUUAGUGGACAAUUACGUAAUUUACGUCGAAAAUUCAGUGAUCGAACUGAUGCUAUUAAAGAAAUUAUUCAUCAACCACCAGAUUACGAAGAUAAUGCAACAACUGCUAGUGUUAUCGUGCGUGAAGAAAAACAGCAACAACAAUUUCCUGCUAGAUCAAUAUUUGCAUCAGAUAGUGAAAGUCAUGCUUCAACAACUAGUCUAGCUAUAGAAGGCAAUGGAAUAAAACAACGUUUACAACGAAUUCUUUUUCGUUGUAUACGAAAAUCUGGUUUUCGAAAACCAGUUGAUACAGAUAGUAAUGCACAUUUAAUUUGGUUAACGUUAGUGGCUAUGGCAUAUUUAUACAAUUUUAUAUCAAUACCAUUACGUAUAGCAUUUCCAAUAUGGAAAAACGGCGAAAGAAACAUUUGGUUAUGGAUGUUAAUCGAUUAUUUAUGUGAUGUACUCUAUUUAAUAGAUAUAUUUUUUGUUCAAACAAGAAUUAAAUAUUUAGAAAAUGGACUUUGGACUACUGCAUUUCGUUUAACUGCUAUGAAAUAUUUUCAUUCAUUACGAUUUGUAUUUGAUUGUUUAUCACUUUUACCAUUGGAUGUUCUUUAUUUUCUUUUUGGUUUUCAUGCAAUUUUUCGAUUAACACGUUUACUUAAAAUACGUUCAUUAACAGAUUUUUUUCGUUCUUGUGAUCGUUGGGUACAAUCAUUUUUUGCUAGUGUUCGUCUUGUAAGAAUUCUUGCAUUACUUCUAUAUGUUAUAUUAUCUGUACAUGUAUAUGCAUGUAUUUAUUUUCUUUUUUCAAAUUAUGAACGUCGAAAUGGUGUUGAUAAUGGUUGGGUUUAUAAAAUAGAAAAUCAACCACGUAUGAGUGCAUAUUCAUAUUCAUUUUAUUAUUGUUUUAAAAUUGCAUCUACAAUUGGCAAUAUUCCAAGUCCAGAAACUGGACCUGAAUAUGUAUUUGUUAUAACGGGAUAUUUAUUAGCAUUAUUUAUAUUUGCUUUAUUAAUUGGACAAAUACGUGAUGUAUUUCAAUCAAUGAAUCAAAGACGUUCAGAAUAUCAAAAUAAAGUUGAACAAGUUAUGCAAUAUUUAACAAAAUUUGGAAUACCAAAAACUGUACAAGACAGAGUUAGAAAUUGGUUUCAAUACAAUUGGGAAGACAGGAAUACACUUGUAGAAGAUGAUGAUACAACAUUAUCAUUUUUACCUACAACUCUUCAAACUGAACUUGCUAUUAGUAUUCAUUACGAUACAUUAUCAAAAGUACAAUUAUUUCAGGACUGUGAAAGAUCUUUUCUUCACUCAUUGGUACUUAAAUUAAAACCGGCUUUAUUUUUACCAGGUGAUUAUAUAUGUAAGAAGGGUGAAAUCGGUCGAGAAAUGUAUAUUGUUAAUCAUGGAAUUCUUGAUGUAUUUAUUGAUGACAAACGUAUAGCUGGUCUUGAAGAUGGUGCAGUUUUUGGUGAAAUUAGUUUACUUGAAGUAGCAGGUGGUAAUCGACGUACAGCUGAUGUAAUUUCACGAGGCUUCUCAACAUUAUUUACUUUACAUAAAGCAGAUUUAAAUGAACAAUUAAAAGAUUUUCCAGAAGCUGGUAAAGUUCUUCGUCGAAAAGCCAAAAAAUUAAUGAAACGUUCAUCUAAACCAGAAGAAGAAGAAACAGCUCAUGAUGAUGGAAUUGUUCAAGCAGAACCAAUUAUUGUCGAUCAUCCCCCAAAAUCAGAUCCUAAAUUACUCGAUACAGUUUUGAAAGCUGUCGGUUCGAAAUCAAAGUUAGCAGAAGUAUUAACUCGACCUCGACCAAGCAUAUAUCCAGCAGUCUCAUUAGAAGUUCCUGAUAUUGCUAUAUCAACAAAUCACGAACCAAUUCGAAACUCAACUGACAAUGAUCAUCAUCGUAAUCGUAUAAUCCCAACAUUAACAGUAACACCAGUUGAUGCAACAACAGCGCGAAUUCAAACUCUUCGUCAAAGACUUUUUUCAACUCCAUUACAAAAUUUACCAUCAGCAAUGCAAUAUCCAAACGAUGAAGAUGACUUAUUUAUUCAUCGUACGUUACCAACAUCAGAAACAAGCGUAACUUUGCUAUUUGAUGAUGAUCUCGUUUAA